UUUUUAGUGACUGGAAUAAAUCGAUGUGUUUUGGCCGAUGAGCAAGACAAAGAUAUAUUGAUUCAAAAUCGAUAGUUACAUUUGUGUCUCGCAAUACCAGAUUACGAUUACUCCUUUUUGUAACGGAAUUUGUAAAUUCUAGUGUCAAUAGUUUACUAAAAUUAACUAGGACAAAUUUAAUAGAUUGUUCUGACAGAUCUAUUGUGAGCCUACUGUAAUAAUAUAAGAAUAAUACAGACAAUUUUGUUUUGCAACAUUUGUGCGUCUUGUUUGACAUCUUUCAUUGUGCGAAGAAAUUAGGAAAUAAUUUUGUCAGUUAUUAUUGCAGGCAAUACACUAGAUUUGUAUCAAUGUCCACUAUGUCUGCAUCAUCAUCUAUGGAUGAACGUAUGUUGAAAGGAAUACGGAAGGUGAUACCAAGUUUAAUCAAUACCAAGUAUAAGGGUCAAGAUGGUAGAAUUGGAAUCUUUGGUGGUAGCACCGAAUAUACAGGAGCACCGUAUUUUGCAGCCAUGAGUGCACUAAGAACUGGUGCCGAUCUUGUUCAUGUAUUUUGCGCAAAGGAUGCUAGUAUUCCUAUCAAGUCAUUCAGUCCAGAGCCGAUAGUUCAUCCAGUUCUGGAUCAUCAGGAUGCAAUAAAACAAAUAAAACCCUGGCUUGAUCGUCUGCACGUUAUUCUGAUUGGACCUGGGCUUGGCAGGGAUGAAAAGAUAUUCAAAACGAUCGUUGAAUUGAUAACGAUCUGCCGAGAGGCGAGGAAGCCACUGAUUAUCGAUGCAGACGGUUUGUUCUUGAUUUGUCAGAAGCCGGAAAUUAUAAAGGAUUAUCCAGGAGUUAUCCUAACACCUAACGCAAUGGAGUUCAGUCGUUUGAUCAAAGCAGUACUAGACAGAACUGUCCCACCUACUCCUGUAGUUAAAGCUUCCGACGUGAAGCACGUGGUGGAAACUCUUGGGAAAAAUGUUAUAAUUCUACAUAAGGGAGCAAAGGAUGUGAUUGUAGAUGGUCACAAAGGCACUGAGACUGUAUCGUGUGCAUUGGCUGGUUCUGGAAGAAGAUGUGGUGGACAGGGAGACCUCUUAUCUGGCUCCUUAGCAGUAUUUUGGUGGUGGGCUAUCUCUGCAGGAACUAGCGAAUGUGCCUUGUCACCUUCAAUAAUAGCGUGUUACGCCGCAUCAAGAUUAAUCCGAGAAUCCAACGCAUCAGCUUUUAAAAUAAAACAGAGGGCAAUGUUAACUUCGGACAUGCUGGAACAGAUACAGCCGAUUUUUAGCAAAAUCUUUGAAACUUAUUGCGACAAAACUUCCUCGUUUAUUGGAAGAGGUCGAACUCGAAGCAUUGAUUCCUGAAGCAUAUACAUUUAUAUACAAUAUAC